UGCUUGUAGAAGAAGCAAAAGUAUCCACAUAUUACAAUGGCUUUUCUCUCCCAAAUACUGGUUCCUUCAUCUUCAUCUGUCAAAAUUUUCUCAGUCAUUGCAGUCAUUUUCCUCUCCCAUAAUGUUGCUGCAGUAACACCAGCCACAAAUAAAACAACUAGAGCAGUUUUUACUUUCGGAGAUUCAAUAAUGGACACGGGCAAUAAUGACUACAUCAUUUCUAUAGCCAAAGGCAAUUUCCCACCUUAUGGGAGAGACUUUGUGGGAGGAAAGCCUACCGGAAGAUUUAGCAAUGGAAAAGUCGCCUCAGAUUUUGCUGCUGAAAUGUUUGGAGUGAAGAAGAUUUUGCCGGCUUAUCUGGAUCCGAAAUUGCAGCUUCAAGACCUACUUACUGGUGUAUGUUUUGCCUCAGCAGGAUCAGGAUAUGACCCUCUCACUGCCAAAUUACUUUCUGUCUUGUCACUACCAGAUCAAUUAGACUUGUUUAAAAAAUACAAAAGCAAGAUAACUGCAGCAGUUGGGAAUGAAAGAACAGCCACUAUACUGUCGAAAAGCAUUUCCUUUCUUUCCAUGGGAAGCAAUGACCUUGCAAUUGAUUAUUUUUCUACACCACUGAGGAGCCCUCACUAUGAUAUUCCAGCUUAUACAGAUCUCAUGAUCGAAUCAGCUUCAAAUUUCUUGCAGGAACUUCAUGCACUGGGAGCAAGAGUGAUCGGAGUAAUAUGUAUACCACCAAUUGGGUGUUUGCCAGCACAGAGAACACUUAAUGGAGGUAUAAAGAGAGCGUGCUACGAAACCGGGAAUCAAGCAGCAACCCUUUUCAACUCGAAGCUCUCCCUCCUUAUAGAUUCCCUCAAUGAGAGACUUCCAGAAGCACACCUCAUGUACCUUGAUAGCUACAGCCCUGCGCUUUCCCUGAUCCAAAACCCUGCUCAAUAUGGAUUUGAAGUGGUGGAUAAAGGAUGCUGUGGAACAGGAGAUCUUGAAAUUGGCCCUCUGUGUAACAAAGACACCCCGGGUACUUGUAACGAUGUGUCCAAGUACAUAUUCUGGGAUAGCUUUCAUCCUACAGAGAAGGCAUACAGGAUCCUCACCUCUAUUAUUUUCAAAGGAGUUAAGAUAUGAGGGUUUCAUCUCUGAAGAAUCACAUGACAGAUACCAAUAGAAAUAAAUUAUCCAUAAGGAUCUGUAUAUUUUCUUAUUUCAAUAAUUUCUAGCUCAUAUCAUCCACUGUACUUUUCUUGCCAUUUAUUAUUGGAUGGGGAAAAAAAUAGCAAAGUGAAAUUAAGAAAAGUAAACGAAUUUUAAGUUCUUUACAUCUGGCCACUACUGCUAUAAGGUGAAAUAUGGUACAGACACUAAAGUUUGCUAAGAAAAAACCUAGCCAUUUUUUUUUGAGUAAUGCUAGGUGAACCACCUUUUAGGGAACCACCUAGAGCCCACCUUAGUUGGCAUCUUAUGUGGCAUAGCCACAUCAUCAAAGCUUAAUUUCUAAUUCUUUUAUAUUUUUAUUUUUUCUUAACUACAAAAAUUCAUUUUUCUUUUUUCACUUUCUUGAUUUUAUCUUUUAUACCUUUUUUUUUUUUUUUUUCUUUCUGAUCUAAUCUGCGCCGUCUUCAUCUUCAUCAGACCAACAUAUGUUCUCUCCUCCUCUCUCACCAAUUGCUAUAAGAAAGUGGCACCUUGCAGCAAAGAAGCUUGUAAAACAGAGCAAGCAUUCAAUUCCAACCAGUGCACCCGGCACUCCAUUACAUGGCAUGUAAAGUUUGGUUAUAGUAGAGAAUUGAGAAGCGCGCUCCUGGUUUGAAGACUUGGAUUUAAGAUUUUCCCACCUUGAAAGAUUGAUUUUACACCAAUGUUGGGUAGCCUUUGGGGAACGUAUCAAGAUCUAUAGUGAUAGUGAGCUGCGAGCAUCUAAAAUAUUUUCUACUAUUUAGUGAUUCUUUGAUGUCAAACUUAUUGUUUAUGACUACAAAUUUUCCAAAUUUA